UAUAACAACUUGAAAAGCGUCGAACCACAAUCGGCAAAGCGUCGAACUCUACAGCUCAAAUCUCCGGGGUUGUGAGAGAUGGAGUUACUUUCUUGGUGAUGGAUGACUUAGUCAUUCAGCCUAUUACUUCAGUCAUUGACGUUGUUGACAAGUUCAACAUCAAAGAGAAUGCUGCAUUCAAGGAAAUGGUCGUUGAUUUGGGGGUGGAAGAGGGUUUCAAGUUGAUUAGGGCUUCUAUGCAAACAAAAAUGGUUUUGACAACUGUUUUCCUCAGGAAGGAGAUUUGAUAUUCUUGUACAAGGGCUUGGCCUUGGAUUUACGUAUGGGCUUGCAAAAAGUUCUCGAGCAUUACAACUCUGGGCUGGAAGGUUCAUGGUUACACAUGGAAAAGCUCACAGUUGGGAAAGUAUAACAGCUCUGUUUGCUAUGAUUCUAAGUGGCCUGGAUUAAACCAAGUGGCGACAAAUUUAUACUCAUUUGAUCAAGGGAGAAUAGCUGCCUGUUGACUAUUCGAGAUGAUGAGCUGCUCAUCCUCAUCUUUUGACCAUGAUAGAACUGAUCUUCUGCAAAUACUGUUUUUGGUGCAUUGCGUGGCUUAGAGUACAAAUAUACAAGGCACUUUGGUCAAUCCGAGACAAACCAAGAUUUCCUUUUCCCAGGCUCAUGUUAGAUACAUCAAGACACUAUUUACCAAUUAAUGUUAUUAAGCAGAUAAUGGAAUCUAUGUCAUAUGCCAAAUUUACGAACAGUCAUUUCCUCUUGAAGUACCUUCAUAUCCGAACUUGUGGAAAGGUUCAUUCACAAAGUGGGAGCGAUACACAAUUGAGGAUGCAUAUGAAAUUGUCAACCAAAUUCUCACUUCCUUUCAUUUGGCCUCUCCCUGCUAAAUUCGCAUUCGGUAAUGAAACUCUUUCCGUUGAUCCUACACUUUCUCUCAUCGGAAACAGUGCUAACUCGCCAAUUCUCAAAGCCGGUUUUGAUAGAUUCAAAGGGAUAGUGUUCAGUAACGGUUUUGUUAGAGCAGGCAAAGCUGGUUACGAUGUUAACAAGUUGGAUGUUGUUGUUCAGAACAAAAUUGAAGAGCUUCAUCUUGGAGUGGAUGAAAGCUAUAAUUUGUUGAUUUCAAAAGCAACAGGUUCCGGCAAAGUGAUCAUUGAGGCAAAUACCGUUUUUGGUGCAUUGCGUGGAUUAGAGACGUUCAGCCAAUUGUGUUCUUUUGAUUAUUCAACGAAAACGGUACAAAUAUACAAGGCACCUUGGUCCAUCCGAGACAAACCAAGAUUUCCUUUUCGCGGUCUCAUGUUAGAUACAUCAAGACACUAUUUCCCAGUUAAUGUUAUUAAGCAGAUAAUUGAAUCUAUGUCAUAUGCCAAACUUAAUGUUUUACAUUGGCACAUUGUAGACGAACAGUCAUUUCCUCUUGAAGUACCUUCCUAUCCGAACUUGUGGCAAGGUUCAUACUCAAAUUCGGAACGAUACACAGUUGAGGAUGCAUAUGAAAUUGUCAACUUUGCCAAAAUGAGAGGUAUAAAUAUAAUGGCUGAAAUAGAUGUUCCUGGUCAUACAAAGUCAUGGGGUAUUGGAUAUCCAGAUGUUUGGCCAUCGCCCUCGUGUAAGAGCCCACUCGAUGUUUCAAAGGAGUCUACCUUUGAUGUCCUUUCUGGCAUUAUGACAGAUAUGAGAAAAAUAUUCCCCUUUGAACUAUUUCACUUGGGUGCUGAUGAAGUGAAUACAGAUUGCUGGACCAAUACUUCUCGUGUGAAUAAGUGGCUUCAGAGUCGCAACAUGACUGCUAAAGAUGCUUACGAAUAUUUUGUAUUGAAGGCACAAAACAUGGCUCUUUCGAAAAAUUGGACUCCUGUGAACUGGGAAGAAACCUUCAAUGCGUUUCCGGAAAAGCUCCACCCGCAAACUAUAGUGCAUAAUUGGUGGAGCUCCGGUGUUUGCCCGAAGGUUGUUGCAAAAGGCUUGAGGUGUAUUUUCAGUAACCAACGUGUAUGGUAUCUUGACCACGUAGAUGUACCUUGGGAUGUUGUCUAUAACGCCGACCCACUAGAAGGAAUAUACAAUGCUUCCGAACAAAAACUUGUGCUUGGAGGAGAAGUUUGCAUGUGGGGUGAGGAAGCUGAUACAUCAGAUGUUCAGCAAACAAUAUGGCCUCGAGCUGCAGCAGCAGCAGAGCGUUUGUGGAGUCCGAGACAAUAUACUACAGUCUUAACUGCAUCAUCGCGACUCCAAUACUUCAGAUGUCUGUUGAAUAGAAGAGGUGUUCCAGCUGCUCCUGUCACAAAUUUUCAUGCUAGAACUCCUCCUACUGGACCAGGUUCAUGCUUUGAGCAAUAAGUUUAGCAAUUUUGUACUGUCUAAUGAUGUUGUAAGUUAUUAUUGUAUUCAAUUCAAUAGUAAGAAGAAAUUUUUGGCCUA